AUGACAUUCCAUCGAGAUGCUGACAUGGAGGUGGGUCAGGACUUGGAUGUUGGUGAGCUUUGCUUCGUGGAGAAGCUGUGGACAGAUCGCAUUCGCAUCUUCAAGGCUGGACACAAAGGACCUUUGGGCGAGAUUCCACUAUCGCGCGUCUGCGAUUUGCAGCUCACAGCGAUGGCCGGCAAGUCUGCUGGAUCCAGGUGGGACCUCUUGCGCGACGUGGGAGAGGGAGGUGAUGAUCCCGACGAUAUCCAGGUGGGCCAAAAAAGACAGCUCCUUGGUGGAGAGUACGGCUCCUUGAAGCUGAAGGGCAUCGAGUGCGAAGUGCUGAACUACGUGGAGUGGCUGGACAGGUGGACGGUUGAAAUUCCUGUCAAGGAUCAGAAAGGCAAGAAUCUUGUCAUCGCGGUGAUUCCUGCCCAGCUACGACACCCAAAGCUCCCCCGAGAUCCGAAAAGGAAUGCCAAGGUGAACUUGGGAUUGGCCUUGCGUUCACGGGCCCUGGAGCUGCAUUGGAAAGAGGCAGAAGGUGAUGCCGCAACGACCGGCGGAAGCCACAGCAGUACCAAAUUUCAGCUGCAGCUUCGAUACGUGAGUCGCGUCAGACCCGGCGGUCGAAUAUGGACCUCUGCAGCUGACUCAAUGUACCAAUACAUUGAGGUUCGUUAUGUGGCGUCUGGGGACUACGGCUUGGUCUUCAGGGUCCUGCGAAUGGUGGAUUCUUCAAAGGCCACCCAUUUGGAGGAGGAAGAUCCGUACGUGGUGCUGGACGUUCCACGAGGAUCUGAUCGCAUGGUAAUAGCCAAAGCUUAUCGGAGGCUUGCAAGACGAUGGCAUCCCGACAAAGUAAAGGAAGAGGAUCACGACCAGGCAGUCAUGGAGUUCAGAAGAAUCCACCAAGCCUAUGAAAACCUCGUGGCAGACCCAGAACGCAGCUCAGACUUGAUGAUCCUGAAGAUGCAGCAUCCUGUGCCUGCAAAAAAGAAGCGGAUAACAGUUCCAAUGGCGUUUCAGACGGAGGCCAAGUGCUUAAGUUUGGUCUCCCAGCUGAGACUUCCAAAUGUUCAGAAGCUCGUGGAGGUGGGACCUGACAACGAGUUCAUUGUAAGCUGGCCAUACAUCCCCGAAGCGUUGAUCCCCAACAACCAGUGUGACGGUGUGAGCCAGGUGGACAGAGUGGAUCUGGUCCGGAAAGGAUGGUCUGACUUCUCCAGAUCUCGCCAAUCAGCACAGAAGAUUGUUCAGAUGAUGGUGGCGUUGAUUAGGCAUGACGUGAUGAUCGUGGACCCCAUUCAGAACAUAAUCAUUGAUCGAGAGAGUGGCGAGCCUUUAAUGAUCGACUUCGGACGAGGAGAAACGGCUGGCUCCAUAUACACAACACGGAUCAAAACUUUCAUGAAGAAGGUAUUGCAGCUGCUGGCAAGGAGUGUUUCCAAAGCCAGCUACGACGUCGCUGCUCGCUACAUCAGAAGCCUUGAAGAUACACUCUUUCAAUGCCUGGAGCGCUGGCAGGAUGAACGUACUCGUGAUCAAAAGAAGGCCUUGGCAUUGGCGACGUCAACCACGAAGUGGCAAGAGGGCAUUGACUGCUGCCGCGAGAUCUGGCACAGUGACGAUGAGAACCCCUUCCGAAAAAUGUUCAAAGACCACAAGGAUGUUCUUCCAGAAGAUCGUGUACUCCGUGAGGCAUGUCCAGCUGCUGUUGAUUCCGAGCCCGACAGUGGUGAAGAGAAACAGGAUGAAGAUGCCGAUGAUCCAGAAGGUCUCUGUGACGCUGACAUCAGCACACUCACACCGGUUCAGCGGUUGCUGCGCGCCAAGCGCAAGAAGAGCCGAAGAUUAUCUAGACGGCCGGAGAAGCCAAACGUUCGAAUUCACCUGAAGGAAACGCUCCCGGAUGGAACGUUGGGACUAGGGCUGGACGAUGCUGAUGAAGACAUCGGUGGCUUGGUGGUCGUGUCCGUAGAACAACAAAGCGAAAAAGCUGGCUGGCAACUAGGUGACCGCAUCAUCGAGUUGAACGGACUGCAGAUUGACGAAUGGGAUGAUUUCAAAUCUGCCUGGACAACCGCCAAGCAGUUCAGCACCACCGGAGUCGUUUUCGGAGUUGUGCGCGCUGGAAUGCCAGCCCUGGACGAGCCGAAUGCAGAAGCAAGGUGCUGGCACUGCAAUGUGAAGGGCACACACUUGCUUCGAUGUUCAAAUUGGGCCUGGUCCAAGUCUAAGGAGCAAGACGUGUUUUUCUGUGGCAGGGACUGCCAGAGGCAAGCCUGGCGGGAUGCGAAAAGCAAGGCGUGA